UCUCUUUCUUCCGGUUUUCCUCAGCGGUUUGUUUGCGACAGUUUAAAAAAUAAUAAGAGAAAUAAUUUAAGAGGUUAUUUUGUGUCCCGGUGUUGAUUAAAAGUGUCUGUGAUGGGAAAUAAAGCCGAAAUGUGAGUGUGAGGAACCUGCUGGAUGUUAAGUUUCAUCCUAAACUAAAUUCCUGUAUCAGGGAUUAUGAACUAAUUUGGAACUGGAUCAGGUUUCCUGCAUGUAGGAACCAGAACAUUAAAGACUGCAGCAGCAUAACUCCGCCCCCUCCUCUGUGAUAUGACAUCAUCCAGCGGUUACCACAGAAACCAGGGCUCUGCUGCAGACAGUUGACAGCCAGGCAGGUGCAGUGAUGGCAACCCAGGUGGAGCUCGAGCCUGGAAUGAUGAGCAGCCGUCUGCUUGCGAGUCCACUGACCGAUUCGAGUAACAAAACCCUCAUGGACGAUCCAUCCAUCAUAAGUUCAGACCCCAAGAAACCAACCCCUGGCCCCAAACCAAGACUCACACCAAAACCUUUUGCUCUGCAGAGAAAUACUACGAUAAGACCUAUUCUUGCUCCCAAACCUCAGCCCAAACCCAAACCGGAGACAUUGUCUAAACCAGAGCCACCAAGCAAAUCCAAGCCAACAUCUCCACCCCUUAAAUCUGAAACUGCACCAGCGUCCGGACCAGGCAGCAAACCAGAGUCUCCAACGUUAAAACCAGAACCUUCUCCUCCUUUCAAUGAUCCUGGUAAACUCAAGCAAACCGAGACAGGAAGUGUGGUACGAAGAACAAGUUUAGCAUAUCAGUCCAAACCUACAGAAUUGGGUUCUCGAGCUAAAACCGGUGGUUCUAUUACUCGGGCAAAAUCUAUGGGCUUCCUCGGUAGUGUGGGUUUGGACGAGGAUGUGGGUAAAGAGGGUGACGAGGUUGUUCGUCGUCCUCAGGUAACACGAAGCUCCAGGCCAAGACCAGUGUCAGACAUUUUCCUGCCAGAACCCACUGACUCUUCCAGUUCUGUCUCACCCCGGCCGGACAGACGACCUCUUUUGUCUGACCUCACCGCCAAAUUCGAGCCCACCAUACAGAGGCAACUAUCAACAGGGGAGAGCAAGGAGAACACCCCGGAGACUCCGACCCCAGAGAACGGUCUUAGGAGGAGAGACAAGGAUGUAGAAAGAGGUUUUAAGAAGAAGGAUGUUGAAGGACAGGAUGCAAAGCAGUUGGAAAGAACAGGAAGUAGUAUAAAGAGCAGGAUUAGUCGUCUUAUGGACUCGUCUUCUUCCACAUCUUCUGUUCCUGCAGCGCGAGUUGCCGAGCCUCGUUCUCCACCGCCACCAAUCUCAGACACCGACGGAGUUGUUGGAGUGAAACAGCGAAUCAAAGAGCUGACGGAGGAUUUCUCCACCGCUCAGACUGCACUCCCGAAGCCACAGGUUAAGCCCCGCCCACUUCCAACAGAUAGAACAAAACUCUUUGCGUCAGAUGCAGAAAGCACGAGCUCCAGCGAGCUUAGAAGUGUCCAGGAAGACGUUCAAGAGGAGCUCAAAAAAAAGCCCAAGGAAUUUCCUUCAGCCGGGCAGACGAAGCCACAGGAAGACCAGGACUCGCCUGCUAAUGAGACCAGCGGUGUCCAGACUGUCAGAGCAUCAGUUUUUGAGAAUGUGGUGGAGAAACAUAGCGUCCAAAUGAUGGAGGAUGCUAACUCCAAGUUGGUGAAGCCCACCCCCAGACGCAGCCUCUCUCUCCGGACAAAAGGAAGCUCGUUGAGUAGCGUGGACGACGAAGACGAAAGAUCUCUGGUCAAGGCUACGUACCAUACUUUGGUGUCUCCUUCCAGUCCAAAACGCAUCGAUCACAUUUUUGACAUGGUGACGGCGGUCGAAGAGAGUCGUGCAGUUAGCGAAAACAUUCCAUCUGCACAUCUGGAAGAGAAGGCUCUUACUCUUCGAAGGUCCAACACAGAGGAAAGGCAAAACUCUGUGAAUGAUGAAAUCCCAGGAACUAAAGACACCAGCUUUACCGCGGGGUCUAAUAGCUUGUUUAAAGACAAAGGCAGAGAAUCGACCGGUUCUGCUAUGGAGAAGGGUAAUACCCGUUAUCUCAGAGUGGGAGCGCUGCCAAAAUGGGACGAGCCUUUUGGCGAUCCAGAAAGGGAUUUGGAAUUGGAAAAGCAAAGGGAGAUUUUGAGGAAGAUGGAGGAGGAGAUCCAGAGGCAGACGGAGAUCAACAUGGCCGCGAAAGCAGAUAUCGAAAAUGAGGAAGAAAUGGAAAAAGAAAAAGCUGCAGCUUCUCAACAGUCGAAGGUACCAGAAACCGUGGAUCGACAGACGACAAGACCGAGAGCAACUUAUUUUGCUGUGACGGGGCAAAUGAACGAGACCGUACACCAGAGAGCAGGAAUAGACAAGGAAGCCAUGUUCAGGAGUGAGACGAGAGAAAUGGCUGAAGACAGAGUUAACCCACAGAUGGAAUUCGAGGACUUCUCUGUAAAAUCUGGGCUAAGAAGUUUUCACAAUCGAGUGCCAUCGAUGAGAAGGAACCCGUCCCUGGAAUUGGCUUUUAGGAAAAGUUCACAAGAAGGGCUGCAAAUCGGUGAGGGUGGAGAUGGGACACAGUGGACCAGAGGACAAGAAAAGGAGAAGGAAUAUCAGAGAGCAAUGGAGCAAGAGUUGGAGAGAAAGAAACUAGUGGAGUUUGAAAAGAUGAUGGAGCUAGAACAUCAGAGAGAGUUGGAGAAGGAAAGAGAGAGGCAGAGGGAGUUGGAGAAGGAAAGAGAGAGGCAGAGGGAGUUGGAAAAGGAACGAGAGAGGCAGAGGGAGUUGGAGAAGGAAAGAGAGAGGCAGAGGGAGUUGGAGAAGGAAAGAGAGAGGCAGAGGGAGUUGGAGAAGGAAAGAGAGAGGCAGAGGGAGUUGGAGAAGGAAAGAGAGAGGCAGAGGGAGUUGGAGAAGGAAAGAGAGAGGCAGAGGGAGUUGGAGAAGGAAAGAGAGAGGCAGAGGGAGUUGGAGAAGGAAAGAGAGAGGCAGAGGGAGUUGGAGAAGGAAAGAGAGAGGCAGAGGGAGUUGGAGAAGGAAAGAGAGAGGCAGAGGGAGUUGGAGAAGGAAAGAGAGAGGCAGAGAGAGCUGGAAAGACAGAGGGAGAGACAGAAAGAGAUGGAGCGACAGAGAGAAUUGGAGAGGCUAAAGGAAAUCGAAAGACAAAAGCAACUAGAAAAGGAACGACAGAUCCAAAUGGAAUACGAGAGGAGAAGAGCUGCUGAGAGAGAGCUGGAGCAGCAGAGGGAGGCUGAGAAGCAAAGGCAGAAAGAAAUUGAGAUAGAGAAAGAGAGAUUACUAGAGGAGGAAAGGAUGAAGCUGAGGGAGUAUGAGAAACAACUGGAGAUGGAAAGAGAAAGGAGGCUGAGAGAAAUCGAACGAGAAAAACAAAGGGAUCUCGAACGGCAGAGAGAGCUGGAGAGACAGAAAGAACUGGAAAGGCAGAGAGAGCUGGAGAGACAGAAAGAACUGGAGGACAUGGAGAGAUGGAUGCAGUCAGAGAGACACAAAGCACAGGAAAGGGAAAAACAAAGAGAGAUGGAUGAUCUCAAGAAGAUCCAGGAACUCGAGAGACAUCAGCUUCUCGAGUUCCAGCUUAGGAAGGAGAGUGAGGCUAGCAGGAAGAAGCAGGAAGUAAUGGAAGAAAGGCAGAGAGAGACUGAACAGGGAAAGAGAGGUGUAGAAUCUCCUCUGCGACCCAAAGUGCUCGAUCUGGAUAACGUUUCUCUGGGCGAUCGCUUUGGUGCCAGUCUGAGCAGUGAUCAGAGCCCAACACCCAGAUGGAGGCAGCCUACAAAUCGUGAAGAAGAAGCUUACAGACCAUUAAUAUUAGAUGUCGACUCCUUUAAAAACCAAACACAACCCGGAGUUUCUGUGGAUUCCUUCGGAAUGCCUGCAUUCUCAAGUCUGGAUUCGGUUCGAGCCAAUCCCAUGACUCCACCCAGUGGAGCGAAAUCAGGGUCUCCGAUUUAUUCUCAGCCUUUGUUACAGAACCUCCAAAGAGAUACACCACCUCAGGCUCAGCUGCAGGCUCCUUAUCAACCUCCACUUUCAGAACAAGCAAGACUUCCACCUCCACUUCAGCCCCAGGUACUGAACCAACCAGGGCUUCAAGCCUUUGCCUCAGAAAGACCUAAACCCCUAAUACAGACUGUUAGCCCAGACUGGACCCAUGGAGAGCAUGGAUUUGACAUGUUUAGUACAUCACAGGGGGAGGUCGCUGUGGAUGAACCUUCAUGGCUGUCUUCUACAGAAAGUUCUAAAGCACCUAUACCUGUACCUAGACAGUCCACUCUGGAUCAAAUACUCCAACGACAUGAAGAACGGAUUAAAGAACCCAAUCCGAGUCCUACUUUAGCUCCUUCACUGACGCCUUCUGGCCCCAUACCUACAAUGUUCCCUGUCCAGAUGCCUACACCCAAUCUUGCAACUUCCCCAGGUCACAUUUUGACCCCAGAGAGAUUCUUGACUGCCGACGGUCUUUUUGGUGGUAGUUUGAAGGAAAGUCAGUCUACCUUGCCUCUACCAGUAACCGAACCAAUGUGGAGCCCAAGCUGGGAGCCAGCAUCCCAGGAACCGAGCCAGAUGCCACGGAGGAGCACAGGGUCUCAGGUGAACGAGCAGUCACGAAUGCGAUCAAGAAGCGUUAACCAGAGACCUGCUCCUGUAGAGACGUCUGUAGACGGCCCACUAGCUCGAAUCAGGAGCCGCAGCGCACAUAGAGACAAAACACAAGAAAGUUUGGAGCAGCUGAGGCAGAGAGGACAGGACGGGGGUAAGGACACGGACACCCUGGUGCAGGAGACUGACAGUCAGUACGGGACAUGGGACACAGGACUGCACACGGAUGACAGUCUGACUCCCGUCACUCCAUCAUCAGACAGCAACCUCCCGUCUCCACGGAAACCCUCUUUGCCUCAAACGCCACAGGAGCAGAAGGAGCCUUUUAAUUUCCCCCAGUCACCCACUACCCUGCUGGACUCCAGCGCUCAGCGUUCCAAAGCUCAGCUGAGUAAGAGCUGUCGCCGCCGCAGAGCUCCACCCUCUCGGGCCGCUCGUCACUCUGUCCUAAUAGAUGGCAUAGAGUUUGGUACUGAUGAGUGGAGAUUCAAAGACACCACAGAGGAUAAACCUGACUCGGCUAAACAGCAGGAUGACGAGUCAGACGAAGAGGAACCGACUCGAGAGUCUCGCACCUCCACCUCCUCACAGCCUCAGAGAGUGUCGCUCUUCCCUGGCAUGGACCCCUCAGCUCUGAUGGCUCAGCUGAAGAAGAGAGGAGAGACAGACAGUCAGACAGACGGGUCGUCUCCAUCACAGCUCUCUCGCUCGCCUAAAUCUCCCUUCCUGGGCAGAGCGUCUCGAGUGCUGCCCCCUGCAGGUGGUAAAGAGAACGGAGACGAGUCGUCGCCUCAGUGGCUGAAAGAAUUAAAGACCAAGAAACGUUUCAGUCAAAUCGAGAACGACGGCUAGAACUUACAAGAUGCCUUAUAACUGGAGUAUCUGUAGCUCGACUGCGAUGACGCACGCCUUAACCUUUGACCCCCGGCAUCGAUGGGAACUCUGCUGCUGCUGAUGACAUCAUUGUCCACCACUUUCUCUGUGCUCCUCCCAUUGGUGUCACAUGUGCAUGGUGCCUUCCUAGGAGAUCUACAACCGACAAGAAGAGAUCCGUGUGUGUGUCUGUGUGUGUGUGUGUGUGUGUGUUUGUGUGUGUGUGUUCGUGUUCAUUUCCUGUGAGAGGAUUCCUAUAGCAUAAAGACACUUUAUCUAAACCAACACUUCCUGGUUUGUGAUGUCAUCAGGAAGAAGAUGGUUCACGGGACCACGUGUGUGUACUACAGUGACCCCGACAUGCUCGUCUGACUGGAGGACACUUAUUUACUCCAUUUUUUUUUGUCCAUUUAUUGUUACUCUCUGCUUGGUGGGUUUAGGUGGUGCACACGAUACCUUCUCUUUUCUGAUUGGUCGCCGAAUGACGGCUGCGUUAACGUUCAGAUUAAAGUAUUUAGGAGCUUAAAAAAAGUGUGAAUGUAACUGAGGAUCGUAUUUUCUUAUGUUUAAAGAAGGCGUUCGGGAGAUUUAUUAUUAAACGCUCUUUAACUCCCGGUGACGGCGUCCGCAAAGAGAUUUACUUAUAAUAUGUUUAAAGACACGCAGCGUUAUUAUGCGUCAUUAGGAUUUAUUCCUUUUACUGACGAUCGGUUUAUAAACACAUGACGAUCCUCAUAGCGUGAGAUUGACCGAAAACCGCCGCUAGCGUGGGACGUAACGAACUGCUCCGCUGCCUCCUUAAAAAAAAUAAAUACAAAAAAAACAAAACAAAACGUAAUCAUAUAAAAUUACCGUCAGGUUUCAGACACACGAUCUUCAUCAUCCUCACCCACCGAUUUGUUCACCCUCUGGAAUGUUAGAGGUUUAUUUCACAGCCGUGUGUCUGAUUCCCGGCCGUCAGCGUGACACAAACCUUCAGGAAAAAUCCGAUCGUUCGUCACUAAGCCCCGCCCACGACGUUUAACGAUGGAGCGGCGCGGAGGAAAGCGGGACGUACGAAUGUUUUUAAUUGACAAAACACUUUCUAUUCCUAAACAAGUGGAAGAUCGUCUCUGUUUUUUUAACUGCAUGUACAAUCGUUUAUUUUUAAUCUCUCUCUCGUACACAAAACCGGCCGCUCGACGUUACUGAUGCUGCACAAUCAGAGCCUCGAGAUGUUAGAUGAGCGGUGAAGGGUGAAAGCUGGUGUUUUGUCUCCGUCACUCUGCGUUCUUUUUGUUUUGCUUGUUGGGUUUGUACAGAGGUGCGAAAUGGAAAACUUUAGCUGUUGAGUUCUUGUUUUGUUUUGUUUUGGUUUGGGGACUAAACCCCGAGCUGCACUUUCCCUCGGCUGAUGACCACCAGGACUGACGAGUUCCUGCCACUUUAUAAAGCAUGUUGAGAUGUGGAGAGAAUGUGUGUAUUGUGGUGUGUGAGUCUCCUCGUAUUGUUGUGCGUUUGUGGGAAAUUCACGUCUAUCUUUGUAUUUUUUAAUUUCACCAUAAAGAUGUAUAGUGCACUGUGUUGUAAAACCGGUGGUUAUGAGACUGUAAAUUCAUAAUAAAAUUGACAAUAAAUUUA